AUGGCAUCAGAACUGUCGCCCGUUGACGUGAGGGUCAUUGCUGUCAUUCAGCAAGUCUGCUCAGUCUUGUCAAUCAUUGGAUGCCUGUUCAUCAUUGGUACUUUCUGUCUCUGCGAUGCUUUCCACAAACCCAUCAACCGUCUAGUCUUUUAUGCCUCGUUCGGAAACAUGAUAGCCAGUAUCUGCUUCAUCGUGGCAGAUUCUUUCGUCAAGGUGCCCGAAGGAACUGGAUGUCAGGCCCAAGCCUUUCUUAUACAUACUUUUGUCGCCGCUGAUGCUAUGUGGACUUUUGCCAUGUCUGUCAACGUUUACCUUGCCUUCUACCACCGUUUCGACGCGCAGCGACUGCGGAGGAUGGAAUUACCAUACCUACUCGCCUGCUAUGGCGUUCCAUUUCUACCAGCAUUUAUCUUUAUUUUCAUCAAGGACGAGAAUGGAGUUGGCGUUUACGGUAAUGCUGUUCAAUGGUGUUGGAUCGCACCUAAAUGGGGUAACUUACGCAUUGCAACGUUCUACGGACCUAUCUGGUUCGUCAUUAUAAUCACUCUAGGCAUCUAUAUCAGAUCUGGUGGCACAAUUUAUCGCAAACGCCGGCAACUUCUUAAAGCGCAUGCAUCAGGGUCUGGCUCUCGCACAGGCAAUCUCUCAUACAACGACCAACGCACGACCAACUACAUGAAGACGACCGAAGUUGCUGUCAUGCAUGAGUCGAUAGACAAGCCAGAGGCAGUUCGGUUGCAUAGUUUACGUCAAAAAGCAUCGAUCCGCGUCUUUAAACCAACGAUUACAGUAAAUGCGGCUUGUUCAAACGAAGCAGUCCAACCGAACAACCCUCCUCGACCACCCACCCGCUCCGGCAGCGAUGUUUACAAAGCUACAUGGGCUUACACCAAAGUUGCAAUGUUGUUCUUUGCUGUCAUCCUCAUUACAUGGAUUCCAUCUAGCGCCAACAGGAUGUACUCAUUUAUCCACCCCCACCAAGUGAGCAAGCCGUUGCAGUUCAUGAGCGCCACAGUGCUUCCUCUGCAAGGGUUUUGGAAUGCGGUCAUUUACGCUGUCACCAGCAAAGAUGCGUGCAAGGCUAUACUUGAGGAGAGAGGGUUACGGGUGGAGAAAACACGAUUAAACGAACCGACAUGGGAUGAUGAACAAAGAGAACAGCAAAGGAAUAGAAACAUGGCAGUCUAA